CCAUAUUCCAUGAGAGAAGAAGAAGAGAGAUAGAGAGAUAGAAAUAGAAAGAGAGAGAGAGAGGGAGGGAAUCUCAAUCUGGUGGUGGUGCUUGGAGGCCAUGCGUCGUUGUUGAUGGUUUCUUGGACUCGUAAUGUGAGAUUAGUGGUCUAGCAGCUUGCGACGAGAGUCUGCUUUCUGUUCUCUCUCGAGAUUCUCUUGUAAUACCGAUUUUUCCCCGGCCUGUUGCUCUUGUUGCGUUUGAUUCUUAGUGAGGCCAUGAUUAACGGCGGUGAUGGUGGCCUGGGAGGGGAGGAUGUCCAGACUUCCGGCGGACCGCCCCAGCCUCUGGAGUGGAAAUUUUCGCAGGUGUUCGGGGAACGUACUGCCGGAGAGGAGGUACAGGAAGUUGAUAUCAUCUCUGCCAUUGAAUUUGAUAAAACUGGUGACCAUCUUGCUACUGGUGACCGUGGGGGUAGAGUGGUAUUAUUUGAGAGGACAGAUACAAAGGAGCCUGUUGGAAGUCGAAGAGAAUUAGAAAUGAUGGACUAUCAUGUUAGUCGGCAUCCAGAGUUCCGGUACAAGACAGAAUUUCAAAGCCAUGAACCUGAGUUUGAUUAUCUCAAGAGUCUGGAGAUAGAGGAGAAAAUAAACAAGAUUCGGUGGUGUCAAGCCGCUAAUGGUGCCCUUUUUGUGCUAUCCACCAAUGAUAAAACUAUUAAGUUUUGGAAGGUCCAAGAAAAGAAAAUCAAGAAAAUAUCAGUCAUGAAUGCUAGCCCUUCCAAAGUGGUAGUAAAUGGUGAUAUUGGGAGGUCAAGUGUUUCAUCAAAUCCGUUCCAAUCUCUUGAAAAUGAGAGCUGUCACAAUAAAUCUUACGAUAGGUUGGGCAACAAUAUCUCACAUCCUAUAGAGAGCAGAGCAGAGCUCCGCUUGCCUGUGGUUUCCAGUGCUGAGACUAGUAUUGUUGCAAGGUGUAGAAGAGUGUAUGCUCAUGCCCAUGACUACCAUAUAAAUUCCAUAUCAAAUAACAGUGAUGGUGAAACAUUUAUAUCAGCCGAUGAUCUGCGGAUAAAUCUUUGGAAUUUGGAAAUAAGCAGCCAGAGUUUCAAUAUUGUUGAUAUGAAGCCCUCAAAUAUGGAAGACCUUACAGAGGUGAUAACUUCAGCCGAGUUUCACCCGACACACUGUAAUAUGUUAGCUUAUAGUAGUUCAAAAGGAUCAAUACGUCUCAUAGAUUUACGGCAAUCGGCACUGUGUGAUUCACAUGCUAAAUUGUUCGAGGAACAUGAGGCACCUGGUUCGAGAUCUUUCUUUACCGAGAUCAUUGCUUCAAUUUCUGACAUUAAAUUUGCAAAGGAUGGAAGAUAUAUCCUUGGCCGCGAUUACAUGACUCUUAAGCUGUGGGAUGUAAAUAUGAAUUCUGGUCCAGUUGCUAGUUUCCAGGUUCACGAACAUCUAAGACCAAAGCUUUGUGAUUUGUACGAGAAUGAUUCCAUAUUUGAUAAAUUUGAGUGCUGCUUGAGUGGUGAUGGCUUGCGAGUAGCUACAGGAUCAUAUAGUAACCUUUUCCGCGUUUUUGGCUGUGCCGCUGGAAGUGUCGAAGCAACAACACUAGAAGCAAGUAAAAAUCCCAUGAGGCGGCAAUCCCAGACCCCUUCAAGACCCUCAAGAUCCCCCGGCAGUAGCAUUACUCUGUCUGGCAGGCGAGGAGCAGAAAGUCCCAUUGGAGAUGCAAAUGGCAACACAUUUGAUUUCAGCACAAAACUGCUCCAUCUCGCAUGGCAUCCAACCGAAAAUUCAAUUGCAUGUGCUGCUGCAAACAGUUUGUAUAUGUAUUAUGCGUGAGGUCAUUGUUUGGAUGCCCCACACGGUUGUUUCACCCAUUUGAUCAACUGCCUCAUUGAUGCCAAGCUUGUGUGUUUCAGUUCAUGAAGUCAAUAUUACCCAUAGAAGCUUUCAAGAAAAGUGAUGGCUUUGCCAAAGUUGCCACUAGUACAGUAAAAUGUAGACCGCGCUAUAAAGAAGCAGCUGCUAGCUAAGAACAUGCUGGGAAGUAAGAAUGUUAACUUGUAUUUGGGUGGGGGUAGAUUUGCGAUCAUUAUUAUUAUUUUUUUGUAGAUUAAAUUUAGUGUGUUUAUUAUAUAUUAUCGGCAACAAUAGUUCCCACAAAUUUACUGUAGAAGAAACUUCUGCUAACUGCCCUGGUGUCCAGCUUAGUCAUAUUAUUUGUUUAUUUUUCAUGCUCUGGUGGUAGAUUGCUAGACAUUUGUAACUGUUUUUUAAAACACCUGUGCCCAUAUAGCAUAGAAUAUUAUAUUACUCCCUCUGUAUUCUGUAACAGAGAGUAAUUCAGAUCUGUUUUCUUUGGUCUGGGUCUGUAUCUUUA